AUUGUGAAGCUAACACAUUAUUUUGCACUUAUUAUUAUAAAGAGAAAGCUGAUAUAGUUGUUGUUGCUUGAGAGGACUGUGAGUCAUUUUCCUUCAACUCAAACCGUCGGUGGAUAGGAUGAGAUAUCAAACAUUACACGUUUUCAUUCAUAUUCUAAUCUAACCAUUUUUCUUUCUUCAUUUCUCUGCACUUUCAUCUUCUAUUCUAACCAUUUUCUGCAACUAUGCAUAACUAUUAACCACAGUCUCAACUUCAUUCUCACAAGAAUCAGGAUUAUUUGAAGCCUUAUUUGCUUAUUAAUGGAUCAAAAACAGUGGCAAUGGGGGAAAAAGACAAGAGAGAAAACAAUUUUAGAAACAGACAAAACAAAUUUUCCUUCAAAAGAAAAUGAAGAGGUGCAAGCACUUAUGGCUGAUAAAGAAAAAUUGGAGAAAGAGUUAAAAAGAUUAAAUGAUAAGCUUGCUUUUACACUCUCUGAUUGUAAUACUAAAGAUGAACAUAUGAAGAAACAAACAAUGAUUGUUCAAGAAGCUGUGUUAGGAUGGGAGAAGGCAGAAACUGAAUUGUUGUCAAUGAAGGAACAUCUUGAGGAAUCUAUACACCAGGAAUUAGUUUACGAAGAAAGAGUGGCGCAUUUGGAUCGUAGUCUCAAGGAGUGUAUGCGGCAGUUACAUUUCGUUAGAGAGGAACAGGAGCAAAGGAUAUAUGAUGCUGUGAUGAAGGUUUCGAUAGAAUAUGAUCAAGCUCGCGUUGUUUUAGAGGAGCAGCUAUCAGAGACAAGUAAAAGGCUUGCGAAAACUGUGAUUGAAAAUUCUUAUCUUAAUAAAUCUAUUAUUGCGAAAGACAAUUUGAUUGAUGAUCUGAAUAGACGAUUGACUCAAGCAGAAGCAGAUCGUAAUGCGUUGAUGAUUCGAUUAGAGUCCGUGGAAAAAGAUAAUACUUCUCUGACGUAUGACGCUCAAGUGCUUCAAAAGGAAAUUGAUAUUCGAAAUGAAGUCCAAUUUUCAAGAGUAAUGCUCUCGCAAACAGCUUCUAAACUGUUGAAACUUGAAUGUAAAGGUCAAGUAGCCUCGGAGCAGCCUAGAAGUAAUCUUGCAUUGCAAGAAUUAUCUUCGGCACCAAUGUCUGACAUUGGAAGUGACUACAGUGGUAGCUGUGCCGAAUCCUCAGCUUCUGCAUUGAUUUCAGCAUUGGAGCGGCUUAAAAGUCCGAAACAGAAGGAAUCAUCGUCAUGCCAAAGUGUUGGACCUUCAGAUAUAAAUCUUAUGGAUGACUUCGUUGAGAUGGAAAAAUUAGCAGUGGUUUCUGUUGAAAAAGACGCCGAAGAUUCUCAUGCUUCUGUAGAAGCAAAUAAUGAAAUAAUUGGCUUCUCAGAGACUCUACUAGAUGAGACUACCUCAGUGUCUGAUCAUCUCUCGGAGUUCUCAACAUCGGAUCAUGAUGUAGUUAAAUCUCAGAGUGAUCUGAAUAAAUCGAUAGGCAAAAUGAUUGAGCUUAUUGAAGGGAUCAACAUGCCUGCAGACGAUGAUAAUCGAGGAACACCGACAGGAUACAUGGUCCGUGUUUUCCAGUGGAAAACAUCCGAUCUCGGUGAUGUCUUACAAAAAUUUCUCAAUGUGUGUUACAGUUCACUGGAUGGUAAGGCUGAUCAUGAAAAAUUUGCUGCCGAACUAACUACAGCCUUGGAAUGGAUUAUCAAUCACUGCUUUUUGCUUCGGGAUGUUUCGAGUAUGGAGGAUGCCGUUAAAAAACAAUUUAGUUGGGACGAGAUACAAAGUGAAAAUGAAGCUGAAAUUGGAAUGUUCACAGAUGCAGAAAAGUUGCAAACAGAUACAAACCGAUUUAAGGAAUUAGAGAAAACUAUUGCCGGCUUGAGAUUGGAGUUACAAACCUUAAAAGAAUCCAAUAGAAAACUCGAAGAUCAAAUGCAAAACCAAGCAUGCAUUAAUACAGUUCUUGAAACUCAACUUACAGAAACUGAAUUAAAAGAAGCUUAUCACAAGAUUUUGGAAUUAGAAGUGGAACUGGAGAGCAAGAACCAAUAUUGUGAAGAAUUAGACACAAAAUGUGUUGAACUUCAACUUCAGCUUCAAAGCAUGAAAAGGGCGCACUCAAAUGAUUACGUUAAUCAGAAAAACUCGCCAGUUCGAAAUGAAUGGGAGAUAACAGCAGCUUCGGAGAAAUUAGCAGAGUGUCAAGAAACCAUCCUUAACCUUGAGAAGCAGUUGAAGGAAAUUGCUGCAACAAAGGAUGUUUCGAUUUUUGACAACAUUAUUGCUGCUCAUCGUCGUCCUAUAAUUACAAACACAACUAAUGUCACAAAGGUGAAAAACCGACCAACUCUAUUGGAUCAGAUGCUUGCUGAAGAUGAUGCAAAAGCCAAGGCUUGUAAAGCAAGCGAAAAAUGUUUUAUACAUCCGCUUGAAAAUAUUGUAGUUUUGAAAGGAGUUAAAGGCCGCGAUGACGGUGUUAAUCUCAAUUCUUUGGCCAUUUUACCUGUCAAGAAAUAUGGACGACUAAGCUUGUGGAAAAGGAUGUUAGGGACAAGAAGAAAGCCGAAAAGAAAACAAGUGUAUCAGUUUAACAAGUGAAAUGCAGUUUGAGUGUAGUUAAGUACUUUCUGAGAGGGGAAAACACUUGCAUCUAAUAUUGCUGUAAUUUCUAAUGGAGAGAGGUGAGGAAUGCUUGUGUUUUAUCUCUCCGCUCUUGUAUAUACAGCUGAAUAACCUGUCGAAAAUUCAUGUUAUUAAUAAUGGAAUGCAUGCAAUUGCAAUGCAACAUUGUUGUUCUGA